AAAAGCAGCUCGUCAGGACCUUCAGACAAGAUGGCUAAUCUGAUGAAUAAGUCAAAUGGAUUUGAAGUGAAAGAUUUAGUAAUUCCAAAAAUAGAUCAUUUUGAUAUUGACAGACAUACUCACCCAUGCAAAAUUAUAGAAAUUACCAAUAAGCCGCACAUCUUCAAAGUAUUGGACCAGUCAUAG